AUGGAUCCUCCGGGGCAGCCUGAUAACAAACGCCCCCGUCUGUCGAGUACCAACUCGUGGUCACCGCAGCAUCAACAACUACCGCCACUCCACCACCCGCCGCCGCCGCCUCCGCCUCCAUCCUCCUCGCACCCGUCGACGCCUCACCAGGCCCAUACUCUGCCGCCUCAUCACCCCUCGCAGCAGCAGCAGCAGCCCGCGCCAUAUAACAACCACCAGCCGCAGCCGCCCUAUCCUCCUCGUUCCGUCGAGCCUCACCACCCUUCCCACGCGGCGCCCCAACACCAUCACCCCGACGACCGACGACACCAUGACCAAGAGCCUCCCUACGCGCCGAUGCAGGACCACUACCGACACCCGCCCUCGCCUGCCCACCCUCACUACCCUCCUUACCACAACAGCAAUAACAACAGAGACCCCGGCAGCGUGAAGAGGGAGCCGCACGAAGAGAACCUCCCCCACCCGCGACGCCCGCACUCGACCGGCGGCGGCGCGCCGCCAGACGGCCUACCUCCCCCGCCGCACUCGGCGCCGCCUCACCCUUCUCACCAACCUCAUCAAUCCUACCCCGACGACUCGAGACGACACAUGAGCUACGACGGCGGGCCCCAGCAGAUGCCCCCCACGCCGGGGGGCUACCGAGGCAGCUACCCCCCUCCGCCCAUGGCCCAAUCCCAGCCGCCACCGCCGCCUCCUCCUCCCCAGCACUACGAACAACCGCCUCAGUACCAGGCUCCUCCAGAGUCCAUCUAUAACAAUAUCCAAUACUCGUCCACCGCGAAGCGCAAGGCGACACGAGCCUCCCAGGCUUGCGAUAGCUGUCGACAGCUCAAGGCGAAAUGUGAUGAAACCAAGCCUUGCAAAAGUUGCAGAGAGAAGGGUGUCGAGUGUAAAUAUCGCGACCCCAUCCCAAAGGCGAUCGACAAGGGACAGACCGACAUCCUCGAGGCCAUCUCCGAGAUGAAGUGCGCCAUGGAGGCCAAGUUCGAGGCCCAGAUCGACGCCCAGCAGCGGUGGAUGAAGAAGUUGGAAAACACGCUCAAGAUGCACAACAUCAAGAUCGAACCCGAGAUGCAGCCGGCAGACCACUCGCCUGUCCAUCAGAAGUCCAUUGUAAAGUCGCCAUCGCCGGUCGCCGCCGCUGACGCCGACGCCGCCGCCGCCGCCGCGCCCAUGCUCGAGAGGUAUCCCCCGCCCGCGCCCGAUGUGGACAUGGACGAGCCGCAGCCCAUGGCCGUGGGCGAGACGGACCUGCCCCAGCAGAUGCACGAAGCCGAAGAUGCCGAUUACCACUCGCCGCCAGGAGAACCCGUGGCACCGGGCGCGCCGUCCAUCCCCGCCAACCACACUACCCGAGCCGACAUGCUGUUAUCGUGGCCAGGCAUCAAGGAGAUGACCCAGGGCAUAUUGGAGAGGGAGGGCGUCAGGUUCCCCCAGGAGUAUCCCAUCGCCCAGGAGGAGAAGCGCGGAGUCUUGCGCCUGUACGGCCGAGGCGAGGGCAGCGGCCAAGAGAAAACGACCCCAGCCACCAAUGCCACGGCCGCCGCAUACGAACGGAGCAACGCCGCCGAGGCGUUUGGCACUGUCGACGCCAUCGACGACAACUUUUCCGAGACGGGCAACUCACCCUCGCCGGGGGAGGCUUGGGGCCAGGUCGGAGGGCUCAGUCCGCCCACGAGUGUUGGCUACACCAGCGGCACCCUCGUCGGCGACGGCCAUCCGGACUUCUCCGAAGAGACGGUCAAGUCGUACGUGCACAGCUUCGAGAAGCACAUCCUCAGCCUGCACCCCAUCCUGCCGCUCGGCGACCUGAGGAGCCUGGUCAAGCGCUUCUUGGACAGCCUCGCGCAGACCGAGAAGAAGACAAAGCCUUCCGCUCCCGGCGUCGCCAAAUUCGUGCCGCCGACAAACUUCUCGGAAAUGUCAAACAAGCGGAAGCGCUCGCCCGCAGGCGACCAGCCCGACGAGCCUGCUCCGCUGCCCAGGAAGCCCGGCCGGCCGCACAGGACCAUCGAGAACGCUCUUGUCUUGGUCAUCCUCGCCCUCGGCAAGAUCUGCCAGCACGAAUCCAAGAUCCCCGACCUGCCUCGAGACUUUCCCGAGCACAACCACAACUCGCCGGCCAACCGGAACGGAUACCCGUCCUCCCCCGGCGCGCAGGCAUCGCCCCCUUCCUACUCGGCGCACUCGCAGUCCUCGGGGCUGCCUUCGCCUAAGGAGCAGAACAACAGCCUGCCGAGCCGCCGGCAUUCCAUGCAGGGCACCAGCGCCCUCAAGACAGGCCAGUCCCUGAGGCGCAACUACGACAUCAUCCCGGGGCUGGAGUACUUCGCCUACGCCUCCGAUAUUAUGGGCAACCACAUGGCCGGAUGGACUAUGAAGCAUGCGCAGACCUUCAUCUUUGCUGGUCUGUACUACGGCCAGCUAGGUCGGGUUCUAGAAAGUGACGCUAUGUUCUUUAACGCCGCCCGAGCACUGAAUAUGAUUAUGCGCCGCGACAUGAGCCGCUUCUUUAAGAUGGGAGUGUAUAACCCUCCGGAAAAGAAGCGAGACAACCUUAUUCUCCUCGCGUUCUGGAGCUGCCUGCAGUUGGAGAACGAUAUCAUUGCGGAGCUUGAACUCCCACGGUCAAGGUGUCAGGACUAUGAAGAACAGAUGCCCUGGCCCAACAUGGCGCUCAUGGACGCCGACUUCUCGGUCCGUGUCCGCGACUCUUACAUCGGACAGCUGUACCUGCGCAAGACGCUCAACACCAUCCACACGUUGCUGUACGAUCCCAAAGAACAACACGUAUCGGUGUACGAUAAGAUGAGAAAGGUCCAGGCCCUGGAGCAACAACUGCGAAGCAUGACGUGGGUUUCCAAUGACUUUAGGUUCAAUGAGGAAGACCCCCCCGCGGUUGACCUGCUUGACGCGAGACUGCGCGCCAAGUACUGGGGCGCCCGGGUCAUCAUCUACCGGCCCUUCAUCAGGUUCAUCCUGGAGGUCUCGGAGAGGCUCAAGCAACGAUCCGACGACUCGGGUAUGCUGAACAAGGAAAACGUCGCCGCCAUCGGCGCCUUCAACCCGCACGACGCCUCCGCUCUCGUGGGACAAGGCUCUCACGGCAUCCGCGGACACGACGAGCUCGACCCGGAAGUGAAGGCUUGGGCCGAGAGAGGCAUCAAGGCCCUCAUCCAGAGCACCCGGGCUUUCCACGGCGUUGACAGCAAGCGACUCCUCGUGACCAACAUCUUUGGCACAGCACAUGCGCAAUGGGGCAACCUCUUGAUCUUGGCCGCCGCUUACAAAGACCCUUACCUCCAUCGCCUCAUCGAACGGACGCAGCUGCAGGAACUCUUUAGGAAGACCAUUGACAUGCUCAACAUGCACGCCCAAUCCUCCAGCGCGCUGGCCAUCGACAUGCACAUCCUGCAGCACAUCGAGAAGGAGCUCUUCUUCAACGAGCCCAGGGUCGGCUCCGGCAGCUUCUCGAGCUCGGCCAGCAUGACGGGUCCAACCAUCCCGCCGCCUCCUCCGCCGCCGACUCACCACAACCAGGGCCCGAUGUCCAUGUCCUAUGCUGUCGAGCCCAACCACCACAGCGCCCACAACUCCCCGAGCCAGGGCCCCCGUAUCCUGAGCAACGGAUCGGGGCACCCGCCGAACCACGCCCAGAGCUAUCACGGCCACGCGGUAUACCCCGCGCAGCCAGGCCAGCAGCCUAUGCAGAUGUAG